AAGCAAAUGAACGUAGUAUACGCAAAUGUUAUCCCCUUUUAUUCCAAUAUUUGUCCUAAAAUCAUCAUGAAUCUUUACCACAAUAUCAAUGUUUGACACUGGUGUGUCAAUACUGGAUUUUAUUGAUAGCAAUGCCAUAGCAAAUUACCGGUAUUUUUUUUACAUUUUUCUUCCACUGCAGUAGGUCACGUCCCAUAAUAAUUGUAACUCACAAUAUUUUCCCAAUGCAGUAGUACAAAUUAAUAUGAGUGGUAUAUAUAUAUAUAUCACAAAGAUAUAUUUAAUAACAGAUUUGUAAACUUGGAUUUUUUUUUAAAUGCAGUUCUUGUUCUCAGUAUAUUACGUAGCUAAUCAAGUGGCAUGCCAGUCUAAAUACGCAUUAAAUAUGAUCCAUGCAUAAUCAUCAAGUGAUGCACACAGCUGCACCCCGUGUGCACCUCCCACUCCCACGCGAGACGUUGUGUUUUCGUGGAGAGGAGACAGAGGUUCUCACUCCCGCUCGGAGCGAAAGGCCAACUUUUAAUUGCCACGAGUGCGAUGAGCGCGCACGUUCCCACUUGACUCGGUCGGAGUGGAGUCACCGGAAAGCUCGUCAUGACCUCCGGGAUCCGCGUCUUCCUCCUGGCGGCGGCCGCGCUGCCGCUCCUCGCCGGCGGCGCGGCCCCCGCGGCCGGCCGCGUGAGAAAAGUGGUCCGGACCCGCUCUUGUCUGGACCUUCCCGAGGAGAUCCUGGAGCAGAUGUUCGGGCGCCUGUCGGUCGGCGUGCUGAGCGCUUUCCACCACGCCCUGCAGCUGGAGCCCCAAGGCAGCGUCAACCGGAGCUGCCCCAGCGCCGCCCCCGGGCGAUCGUCGGCGGCGGAGAGCGAGAGUCGACUCCCGCUCAACCUCCUCAGCGUUUCGCCCUGGGCCUACAGGAUCUCAUACGACCCGAACAGAUACCCCCGCCACAUCCCCGAGGCUUACUGCCUGUGUAAAGGCUGCCUGACCGGGCCACAUCGGCAGGAGAGCCGGUACCAUCGGAGCACUCCCGUCUACGCUCCUUCCGUGGUCCUCAGGAGGUCCGGUUCUUGUGUCGGGGGGCGUCACUCCUAUUCGGAGGUCUACGUGUCGAUCGCGGUGGGCUGCACCUGUGUGCCCCUGCUGGACAAGGACCGGGCCCUCCAGAACACCACCCGGACUCUUGACUCUUGGAGGACGGCAAAGUCCAAAGCUCAAAGAUCACGGGGAUAA